AUGGAUCCUACCGAGAAACUCGUCCAAUUCAAAGGCGGGCACCCCGGUACCGCAAUGGGCGCGGCACUUAUAGGCGUAGCCCUCUGGCGGCAUACUAUGCGGUUCAACCCGAAGAACCCUGAGUGGUUCAACCGGGAUCGGUUCGUCCUCUCUGCGGGCCAUGCAUGUUUGUGGCAGUAUAUACACCUGCAUCUGGCGGGGUAUGAGGUGUGGGGAAUGGAUGCGCUCAAGGGGUAUCAUAAUCCCGACUUUGAGAUUGCAGCGGGGCAUCCGGAGAUUGAGUUCCCUGGGGUGGAGGUUACGACGGGGUUGUUGGGGCAGGGGGUGGCGAAUGCGCAUUUGGGGGCGGUGUAUAAUAGGCCUGAGGUGGCGGUUGUUGAUAACAGAGUGUAUUGCCUUGUGAGCGAUGGAUGUCUUCAGGAAGGUGUUGGGCAGGAGGCGCUUUCUCUUGCUGCUCAUUUGAAGCUGGAUAAUCUGACGGUGAUUUAUGACGACAAUUCGGUUACUGUCGAUGGGUCGAUUGAUCACUGCUUCACGGAUGAUACGUCUGCGAAGAUGAAGGCGAAUGGUUUUCACGUUCUUGAGGUGAUGGAUGGGGAUAACGAUCUUCAUGGUAUCAUCUCUGCACUUGACACUGCGAAAACUAUCAAAGACAAGCCGACGUUUAUCCAUAUCCGCACGACUAUCGGCUACAGCUCGCGGAAGGCUAACGCUGGCUCUGCUCAUGGUGCAAUGCUGGGAGUUACGGAGGUCACCUACGUCAAACAGCAGUUCGGCUUUGAUGUCGACAAACGGUUCGUCGUUCCUCAAGAGAUUUACGACUACUUUGCUUCUCUGACCGAGCUUGGAGCUGAGUACGAGUCUACCUGGAACGAGCUGUUCCAUACGACCUAUGCGAGACUGAACUCGCGUGUGUAUGCAAAGGAGGCGCCUACGUUUGAUGCUUCGCUGCUUCCGCCCAAAAACGAGCUUCCGAAGGCCCCGCAGGCGACGCGAAAGUCGUCUCAUAUCGUCGUCAGUACCUUCGCCCCAUGGUACAAGACUUUGAUGCUCGCUUCUGCGGAUUUGAUGGAGAGUACGUUCGUUCACUGGCAGAAGAAUUUUGGUCUGACCUUCUCGCAGCCUUCGACCUCUCUAGGCACGUGCGCAGGCCGGCAGAUCCGGUAUGGGAUCCGCGAGUUCGCCAUGAUUAGUGUGGCGAACGGGCUGAACGCGUAUCAGAACGGGAUGAUCAUCCCGGUGUGCUCGUCGUAUUUCCAGUUUUGGCUGUAUGCUGCUUCGGGGUUGCGUAUGUCGGGGUUGCAGGGCUUGAGGUUUAUAGGGAUUGGUACGCAUGAUUCUAUUGGUGUUGGGGAGGAUGGACCGACGCAUCAGAGUAUCGCUCUAGGAACCUUCUUCCGGGCGUUACCUAACUGCAACCUUCUCCGACCGGCAGAUGUCGAAGAGGUUCUCGGUUGUUGGCUCCUCGCGCUGAGCCCGUCGUCCAGCCAUACCCCGACGAUUAUGUGUCUGACCCGCCAAGCUGUGCCUCAUCUCGACGGGACCGAUCGUUCUAAAGUAGAGAAGGGCGCCUACGUCGUCUGGGAAUCCCACGAAGGUACCGUUCCCGAGAUCACGCUCAUCGGUACCGGCUCUGAAGUGGCGCUGUGCCUCAGAGUAGGCGAGCUUCUCGCGCCCAGGCGUGUGAGGGUCGUGUCGAUGCCUUCGCAGGAUCAUUUCAUCCGGCAGAUGAAGGCGUAUAGGGAUGACCUGCUGGGUGUUGGGGAAGCGCUUGUGGUGGCUGUGGAAGCAUGGGGGAGCUACGCCUGGGCGAGGUGGGCCCAUGCGAGUGUGUCGAUGCAUACGUUUGGGUUGUCAGCCCCUCAAGAGACAUUGUAUGAGAUUUUGGGGUUUGGCCCGCAGACGGUAGCGGAUAAGAUUGGGGAUUUGGUGAGUAGGAGGACGGGGAGGGAUGGGGUGAUUGAGUUACCGGAGAUGGGAGAGUUUGAGGAACUGUUGGUUGGGUAUGCGAAGAUGCAUGCUGGACCGCAUAAUAUCUAG